CAAGAAGAAGCUUUCGCUCCAGUCUCACCCUUCCACUCAUUGGUCUGACUCUUGCACGACGUCGGUACCCAGCUCCUACACGUCGGCGUCGAACGUGGCGCAACCCUUGCCGCACGACUUGGAGUUUAGCAGAGCACGGCAACAACAGUCACGCAAUGCUUGUUUCUCCAGGACCGCCGCCACGUCUCUGCUGAGUAACUACGAC